AUGUCUUCCAGCGAGAACCCCUGGCUCUCCUCGUCCGGUCUAGCUGCCAUCCUGAAUCCGUCGUCGUCUACUCCUGGUGGACCUCCCCCUACUCCGCCUGACCCUCCCGACCCUCCCUCCCCUGCCUUCCUUGCUGAAUUUCCCCCUCUUUCCCCCUCUCUCACUAAUUCUACUUCUACUGUUACUGUUCCUGCUACAGUAAAACCCCAAUCUACUACUGAUUUCACUACUUUGCCCUGCAAGGAGCAACCUGCUAACCAUAUUUCCUUCUCUGAAGUUCCUGAUGUUAUCAUGGAGGAUAAUGUGGUCUCUGCAGAUUCAGAAACCAGAUCUGGAUCUAUUAAAACUACAGUAGUUAACCCUGCUGACCCAGCUUUCACUAUACUACCUCCUAAGCACUCCUCUCCCAUCAUCACUAACCGCGCCUCUGAUAAGUUACCCCUGCUCCCUAACCCUUCUCCAAACUCUUUCCAAACCUCUUCCCCUGUUCCUCCCAUAUCCCCUUCUAACCCACCUCCUUUUGUAACUAACUCUCCUCCAGAACCUGCCAUCACCAAAACUACCCAAAAACCUGCUCCUAAAAGUACUCCGCGAACUAAAUCCCCCCAUAGUCAAACCCAAACCUAUGCUGCUAAAGUUCGGAUCCCCUCCGAUAAGUCCCUAAAGCGUUUGGCCCCCACUACUAUCUCUCCUGAAGGAAAACCUAGAGUCCUUAUCCCUGAUGCUGUCUUCGAAAGAGGUGCAGCACUUCACAAGCAGUAUGUUGUAGGAUCUUUCUUAGGUAAGAUGCCUGAUUACGGUCCUAUUCAGAGUGUUCUAAACUUUAUGUGGGGAAAAGGCUCAAAGUUAGAGAUUCACCUGCAGCCUCUGAAACACUCCAUGCUUGUCAGAGUUCCAAAUGAUUACAUUCGGUCAAAAAUCCUUGAAAAGAAGCUGUGGUAUGUAGAUACUUCUAUGUUCUACGUCUCUCAGUGGGGCUCUCAUGCUUCUGAGUCCUAUCCGGAAAUCGAAUCUAUCCCACUUUGGGCUCAUUUACGUGGCAUACCCUUCGACCUUCGUACCAAAGAGGGCCUGAGUCAUGCUGCUGCCCUUGUUGGCGAGCCCAUAGAAACAGAUGACUACACCAAAAAUGUCACCAGUCUGAAUGUUGCUCAUGUCAAGGUUGAGGCAAACCUUACUAAAGCUCUCCCAUCUGCUGGUGAACUGGUGCGAGAGAAUGGUGAUGUCAUCAAUGUGGAAAUUGAUUAUCCUUGGAUCCCUCCUUCUUGUACCCAUUGUAACCGUAUUGGCCAUAUACUCAAAAACUGCAUCUACCCGCCAUCUCAACCCUCCACUGACACCCAGCCUCCGCCUCAAGAUGGUCCCUCCCCUGAGUCCCAGCCUGGCCUUCAAACUGCCCCACCCUUAACCCCCCAAGUUCAUUUAAAUGGUUACUCUCCCCAUACCAACUUACCUCUCCCCGUUGAUCCUCCUCCUACUAUUUCUGCUGAAAGCGAUUCUCAAGCUGCUGUGGAUUUCAUAACUGAUUCCAUGACUCUUGACCCUCCCACUGAAACAUCUGACUCUCCUGAAAAUACCACUACUCCUCCUUUGGGACCUCCUACGGUUUUCCAAUUCACUGCUUCCCCCUCCUUACCACCCCUUCUCAGUCAAUCUCUUCCUACCUCCCCCUUAAAAAACUCCCUAAAAAGCCCCCCUCCUAUCUCCUUCUCCUCUUCUGCCCAUAAUGCCUCUGUUGUGGUCUGCCUCCCAACUAUGCGAGCGCCUUACUCGAACUCCUAUAUUGCUAAAAAGCAAGCGUCCCUUUUCAACUCACCCCAAAUAACUCUCCCUGCCUCUUUUUAUGACCAAACCUCAGCCUCUUGGCAAACCUCAACCUUAAAUCUCAAACCACCGAUCAUCCCCCCUCCUCCUUGCCUCCCCACCUCUAAUAGCUUCUUAGCUUUGUCUACUGACCCUGAGGAAGCCAUCCCAGAUGGUAAUCCUCCCCCACCCUCUCUAUGA